UGAAAAAAUCAGGAACCACCCUUCAAUAAUUCGUCGCAAGGGGAGGCGUAAAAUUACAAUUUGAGAUUCGAGGGUGCGUCAUCUCAAAUUAAAUGCGAAGUGUUCAGUGAAGUGUGUUCUGCUCACGAAUCUGCUAGGUGCUAAAGAUGCAAAACGUAAACAAUAAUUUCAGUAAUUUUGUGGAAUUCUGACGAAUUGGAAUCAGAAGUUUCAAAGUGUUACUGUCGUAAUGUGGAAGUAAAUUAUAAAAAAAGGAGGAAAACCGUCGAUUUUUAGCAGUAAUCGAAUGAACGAUUAAACUUUUAAAUCACCUCGUAUACAAUGGUUUUACUCCGAAAAUUUGCACUUCUUGCAUCAAUUUGUGGCGUUUUUUCAAUUACUGCUGCAGCGAAAGUUCUAGAGCUAAGCGAUAGGUUCCUCGAUGUACGUAAAGAAGGACAAUGGCUACUCAUGAUGUAUGCACCUUGGUGUGCGCACUGCAAAAGACUAGACCCAAUUUGGUCUCACGUGGCUCAGCAUCUUUACGCAAGUCCAAUUCGCGUGGGUCGCGUGGAUUGCACGCGAUUCACCAGCGUAGCGCAAGCUUUUAAAAUCAAGGGCUUUCCCACAAUUAUGUUUUUAAAAGGAGAUCAAGAAUUCACUUAUCAUGGCGACAGGACGAAGGAAGAGAUCGUGAAAUUCGCAUUAAGAUUGACCAGUCCACCCGUUCAAGAAAUAACAAAAACUCGGAGCUUUGAAGUUCUGAAAAGAGAUCGCGAUUUGUAUUUUUUAUACGUCGGUGAUAGAUCGGGCUUACUGUGGGAUCUUUAUCACAAGACUGCCGAUGUUUUCCAGCCCCAUGCUUUCUUUUAUCAAACCCAGCAAACUGUCGUAGACAAACAUGCACCUGUAGAAAAUACACCCGCCUUAUUUGUAUAUAAAGAAAGCACUCAUUACAAUUUCACAGGUCACAACAUCAGCGACAUUGACAAACUGAACAAAACUUUAUACAAGUGGGUAAAUGCCGAAAGAUUUCCCACGUUUCCAAAAGUGACACGUGGAAACAUAAAUCAACUGUUUUUAACAAACAAGAAUUUAGUUCUCGCAGUCGUCGAGGAAAACCAAUUGGAGGAAGUCUCUCCUGAUAUGAUAGAAUUUAGGGACAUGGUAGAAUCUUUGAUAAAAACCAAACGAGAGAAGUAUCAUGAUCACUUUCAGUUUGGCUGGAUAGCCAAUGCAGAUCUAGUCAAUAGUAUAGCGAUGAUGGUCGUUCCUUUGCCGAGUCUGAUUGUCAUCAACACGACAACGAGUCAUCACCAUAUUCCAGAUGAUGACCCAGAAAAACUAACACCCCAUGCGAUAGAAGCAUUUCUUGAAGAGAUUCGGAGUGAAAAUGCACCGAGGUACGGUGGAAACAGUUGGCUCGUUCAUCUCUACAGAUUUUGGUUUGAAACCAAAACCACUCUUGGUUCAAUGUGGAAAGGAAACCCAAUUUUAACAGCAUUGAUAUUUGGUCUACCAGCAGGAUUCUUAUCCUUGAUAUUUUACGGAAUUUGCUGUCCAGACAUUUUAGACGCUGACGAUGAGGAAGAAGAGGAGGAAGGAAGAAAUCAUAUAAAGAAAGAUUAAGUGGCGCAGUUAAUGAAAACGCUUAUAUGGUAGAAAGACUUGGCGAUUAUUUAACUCCACACGUUACUCGACUCUGGAUUUAAAUCUCAUGCUUCGUAAUCGAAAACCAAGUGUCGAAAAAAGAAACAUUCCAUUUAAGCGCUCUUUGUGAAUUUAUUGGUUUUGAAAUUCCAGGUAAAUUUUUUUAAAUUCGUAAUUCGAAUGUGCAAAUCUUCCCUCAAUGGAAUUCAGGUACGACAAUACGAUUAUGUAUCCAGGCGAUAUAUGCAAGUGUGUGUGUGUGAGUGAUGGUUUUAAAAUAAGCGAGAAAUUAGGGUUAAAAUGAGAAGAAUUGUUGAUUUUUUUUUACUCUUAAGCGUAUGUCUGCAGUAUUUAUUUAAGUUGAAAGGAACGUGUGCAAUGUGCAUUUAAUUUGUAGUCAAAAGUGUGUCCAUGUUAUCGACGUAUUUGAGAAUCAAAAAAAAAAAAUUAGUUAGCAAUUUAAAAAAAAAAAACAGAUUUUCUUCGGCUUUCUACAAAUUUUUUUUUAUUCCAAUUGUUUUUUUAUUUAAAUUCUUUUUCUAAUAAGUUUUGAAGUGAUGUGCUUGAAUUGCCGAAAUGAAUAUGAAAAGCAUUUUUAUAAUUUUUUAAGAAUUAGGACAAUUAUACUCAGUGAACGAGUGAAUAAUAUUAAAAAAUAGCAAAUGUUAAAGUUGCAAAGUUUUUCAGAAACAUGUGUGUAUUUCAAAUGUGUCCUUAUUGUUUUCCAUAAAUAAUAAAAACCAUGUGAAUAUUGAGACUAAAUUGAUAA